AUGGAUAAGCUGUGUUUCCCCCAGUUGGAGGGGGACAUGGCCCCAGGCGCACUGAUUCCCAAGGCAUGUGCCAGCCUUCAGAAGCAGAUUACCAAGUUGCAACACAUGUUGGAACCAUGUAAGUCCGUCGAGCGACUCACCCCACUGCAAAAGCGGAUGAAGGACAAACUCGAGGCCAUUGUCUCUGAUUUGACUCAUCAUGAUGAGCAGCUGAUGGAUCAACAUGGGGAAGGAAUCCUGGAUGGGUUCACUCGUGCGUCCAGGAUGCCCACCUCUGAGAAGGCUCACGGCGCCGUCCCAAAGCCAAAGGGGCAGCCUGGCGCUAAUGGUAAAGCUAAGGCAAGGCCAAAGGCCACAGCUCAGAGCGCUGACAACUUGUUGCGGUCCCUGCAGGGCAAAGACGGGGAUUCUUCAAAUGCAUCCCGAGAUAUGCACAAGAAGAUGAAGGAUUUGGGAUACUCACUUCCGGUUCCAGUUCAAAAAACUGACCAUAUUCUUGAUAGCCCAGAUGUUCACCAACUGACCAGCUACCAUAUCAGACCAGAAGAUUGGGUGAAACACUGGAUGAAUCAUGAGCCGGAACUCCUAGGGGGGUUCAAUGCAGAUCCAUUUACUAAUUUCGAAGCUUAUUGGCGAGCCUACCAAGUGCAGCAUCCUAGCCAUGAAGUCUUUUCCAAGCACCAAAUUCAUCUCAACAAGGUGGUACCCCUAUUUGUCCAUGGGGAUGAAGGCAAGGCUGUCAAACGUACAAACUACCUGGUUGUCUCUGUCGAGUCGCCCCUGGGAUCUUUGGAUGACCCAAAUAUCAAAUGCACUUGUUGCGAAGAUUUGAGAAAGAGAGCUGGUUUGCCAUCCUAUGGAUCCGAUUUGGAACCCGUUAGCCAAGAAUUUCUGAAUACGUGCCGCCAACAGACUACAAAUUUCAAGGGGCAUUCCUACUUGUCCCGGUGUCUUUGCUUUGGCGUGGGGGGGUGGAUUUACAAACGACACCCACAUGUCGUUGACACAUUGCUGGCUGAACUGGUCAAAAGCUUGCAGAAACUUUUCUUUGAGGGUGUGCACACCGACAAAGGGCUCAUCUUUGCUGCAGUAGUGGGUAUCAAGGGAGAUCUUGACUUCCACAAGAAGGUUAUGGGGUUGACCCGUUCCUACGCCAAUAUUGGAACAAAAAAUGAUUUGGAAAUAUGUCAUUUGUGUCUGGCAGGACGACGUGGUAUUUCUGCUGAAGAUUAUUGUGAAACACCCCAGUGGCUUCAAACCCUGUGCUGUGAGAGACCCUGGUCUAGACAAAACCCACCCACUAUGUCGAACAUUCCGUAUGACCCGAGCUGCCCAGAAGAGAUUCUGAAGUUGGACAUGUUCCACAUCAACAGGCUUGGUGUCGGCCGAGAUGUGAUUGGAGGAGUAUUGAUACUGUUGCUACGUCUCAAAUUUUUUGAUUUCCCUGGGAGUACAAUCAACCUACCUGAUCGCUUCUCACGUGCACAUGGGCACUUUGCUUUAUGGUGCUUGGCAAAUCAAAAAAAGCCUGGCUUGCACAGUUUUAGCAAAUCCUUUUUCAACAUGGUGACCCUGAUCUCAGCACCCUGGGCUUCAAGCAAGGGCUCAGAUACAGUUUUACUGCUGGAGUGGCUGCAAACUGUGCUGAAGAUUGAGCUUAGCAAUCCCACGGUUCAGGGGCAUGAGGAGCUUUUAGGGUUCAUGCUUCAGGUUGUUGAAAGCUGUUUGGAGCUUCGAGUGUUGCACCAUCACAGGCUAUGGUUGGAACGGCACUGUGCCAAAAAAGUCUAUGUAUCCAUUAUGACGUUGCUGCGCGGGUAUUCAGUACUUGCAAGAUCUGCGCUGCAGUUGAAGAUUCGUGCAUUUAUACAAAAGCCGAAGCAACAUUCACUUCAUCAUAUUGCCAUUUUUUUGAAGGCUGAACUUUUGAAGGGGGCCACUUUGAUCCAAAGCCCUCAGAGCACCUCCUGUGACAUGAAUGAGGACUUUGUUGGCCGAAUCAGCCGCCUAAGCCGCCGCGUCGGCUUCCAACUGUGUGACCUUCGUGUGAUCGAACGAUAUUUUAUGAAAAUCAAAGUCUUGCUUUUAAAACGCAAAUGUCCAACAACUCUCAAAGUUCGCAAGGUAUGGGCCAAGAGAUGGGGAUCUAGCCAUAAAACAUAA